GGCUAAUUUUCAGGGUUGUGUUAGUGAAUGAGUCUGUGUCGCUACUGAGCUCCACUCCUGGAAAACACCUUGAAGUUGCAUUUGCUGCGGCCGAAGUUGUGAUAUUGCAGCCAUGACAUGCUAAUAGACACAUGCAAGUUAGUGGGAGCAGGUCGGAAGGUAACAGAAGAGAGGAGAGAUGGCCAUCGCUCAUGUGGCUACAGAGUAUGUGUUCAGCGAUUUUCUGCUGAAGGACCCGAACCAGGCUAAGUACCGCAAUGUCCGAACUGAGCUAGCGGUGGACAAGAUGGUGACCUGUGUGGCAGUGGGCCUGCCCCUCCUCCUUAUCUCUCUAGCCUUUGCUCAAGAAGUCUCAGUAGGUACUCAGAUCAGCUGUUUUGCUCCUACUAACUUCUCCUGGAGACAGGCUGCUUAUGUCGAUUCGUAUUGCUGGGCAUCUGUACAUACACACACUCUACCUCUGUGGCUGCACAAGUUCUUUCCCUACAUUCUCUUGCUGGUGGCUGUGUUGAUGUACACUCCGGCGUUGUUCUGGAGGUUUUCUGCUGCACCCCUCCUGCAGUCAGACCUCGGCUUCAUCAUGGAGGAGCUGGACCGGUGUUAUAACCGCGCUGUGACUCUGGCCAAACGCAUGGCCACCUCAGGACUGCUCACCCCAGACAGCGACCCCACCGAGGGCUGUUUCAAUUACCCGCUGGUGGAGAAGUUUCUGAUGACCAAGCGCUGCUCACGGUCGAUGCUAUUUUACUACCUGCUGUGUCGCGGCCUGACUCUCAUCACCCUCCUUUGUGCCUGCAUCUACCUGGGCUACUACCUCCGCUUGGCCUCCGUCACAGAUGAGUUUGGCUGCACACUGCGUGUUGGCCUGCUUGCCUCUGACCCAGGCGUCCCCGACAAAGUGCAGUGUAAGCUCAUCGCUGUGGGAGUCUUCUCUUUGCUGAGCAUGGUCAACUUGGUCUUGUUCAUAGCGCUGAUUCCUGUGGUGAUCUAUGCCAGUCUCCGUCCCCUCUUCUGCCAUGGAUACGCCCGCUUCCUGGAAACCUACCAGUCACUGCCCACUGUGAGCGUGCUGCCCACCCCUGGUGGCCAAUUGGAUGAUCUCUCUCUGUAUAUCCUGUUUCUGGAGGAGAACCUCAGCGAAUUGAAGUCCUACAAAUACAUCAAGGUGUUGGAGUUGUUGAGGAGACGUGGCGAUUGCUCUGGAGAAAACUUUGAUGCCAUGGGUCUUCUGCAGACCCUCUGCCUGGUGAAGAUGGACAGUGUGGAUGCGAAUAAAUCUUCCGGUGCUGCAGGGAAACAGGAUCAAGUCAAGACGAAAGCAACCGACUCUGCCGCCAGCUCCACAGCAGCCAACGUUGGAGCAGCAAAGAAUAGCUGCAACCGUCCGAAAUCAGCCGCAGAUAACGACAGCAAGAUUGAAACUGAGAUGAAAGAGCUCUCUCCCUUGCUGCCAGGAAACUGCGACGUAACAGGCAGUAGAAGCAUCCAGGAGGAGACUCUCCGGCAGCGAGUGGUGUGAUCUGCUGCUGGCAUGGCGACGGAGACCUUGACAAAGGGGUUUCCUGAGGGAAAUAACAUCACCACUAUCCCAUGGUGUAUCCACAAGUCAUGACCUUCCUGUCCUAAUGGAGGGAUGAAAAACAAUGGGAUGGGAGAGUAAAGUACUAUCCUCAUCAAAGUUCAUCUCUUCUUCUAGUCAUUCAUCAAUGUGGGAUUCACAACCACAUGUUUUUGGUCCCUUUGCUUGAAUGUUGUUGUUUUUGGAGUGGUUUAAGGAGCAGUUUUGUUUUCUUUUGUUUUUUUGGUCUAAUACAGUGGUUCUCAACCUUUUUCGUGUUAAGGAGCCCUAAAUUGAUACACAUUAGGCUGCAGACUCCCAUUUGAUAAGAUCUUGCUUCAGAGAUCUCUGCCUAAAAAGAUUUUGGUUCUAUUUCUAUAAUAAUCAACUACAGUUGAGAUAACCAUGAAGGAAGUGAAAUAUAUGAUCAGAAGAAUUACUCUUAUGACUCGUAUCUACAUUGGUCCCACUUCUAUAGAAAAUUAAAUUAGUGAAAAUAAACUAUUCCCUAUUUUUCACAUCUUUCUGAAGGACCUCUCCUCUGACACAGCACAAAAAAAGAGAGGAAGUGAGCACUGCGUGAUGUAACACUAGACACUGGGAGAUGACAGCAAAGUAAAACUCAUGGUGGUACAGAUUAAGGGAAUCAUUGAAUGUGUCGAACCAUUAAGGACUUAUCCAAAUAAUUGUUUUGUUAAUGGUUAAAACCAAAUAGAAUAAGAAUAGAACAGACAUUUCCAUUAAAAUCAACAUAGCAGGAUGGUCAGAGCGUUGACAAUGCAGCCGUUUUGGUAGGCUAACUUCUGUAUAUACAAAACGACCGGCGCCAAGUCCUGAAAUCACUGAGGUGAGGUUUAUGGGCUCACAACCAGAUGAGCAGUGGAGUAGUACCUUUUCAAAUAAGCAUUCAUUCAUUCAUUUUAUUAAUUUCAUUCAUUACCCAUACUGCUUAUCCUGUUAAGGGCCACAGGGUGGGCUAGAGCUUAUCCCAGCUGACACUGGGCGAGAGACGGGCUACCUUGUUACCUAUGAAUGAGCCAUUUAUACUUGAAGUCCAUGUUGCACCGCCAUGUUUCUACAGUCGCCUAGAGCAGAGAAACCAAACACUGGCUCUAGACAGGGCCAUAUGCCUUUUCACAUCAGCCACUGUAGUAAGCAGCCCAUCUGUGACAAGAGUAUCGAAGAAACACAGAUUUUUUUUUUUAAAUGUAAAACUUUUUUACUCAUUGUUUUUAUCGGUUUAAGUUACUGGGUCUGUUUGUUUUGAAGAGGAAGCGACCUCUGCGGAUAAUUUGGCUCCUGGAAAAAACUUCUUGAAAGUCUGGAUCUUCAGUUAUCAGGGAAAAGGUGCGAGGAUAGUGGCACAUCUGCAGUGUGCCAAAAAGCAUUGGAGAAACACUGAUUUGUAACAUGAAACUGCUUUGUAUUGUUUUUUUUUUUACCAGUUUUAAUCACCUGGUUUGUUUGUUUUGGAGAGGAAGAGACCUCUACAGUUAAUUCAGUUCCCAGUAAAAACUUUCUGAACAAUGAAAACUGAUGGAAUCUUAACUGUGAGUUCACGCUUAGCACAGUGGAGAACUCUAAGCUGGUUGCAGUCUUCUCCACUAGAUGCCAAUUUUUUAUUUUAUUUUUUUUUCCCACCAAACCAGAGUUGGUGUUUGCUGGAACAGUGAACUAACUUACUAGAUGACUAACAAGACUAACAGACAGUUUAGUGACUUUUAGUUAGUUUCUGUCAAGUUUGAAUGAAGUGUGUUUCACAAUGCGUUAACAAGGCAGUUAAGCUAACAUUAGCCUUAGUUCAGUGAAAGAGAGACACCUGGAUUGAUGUACAGUUGUAUUUUUCUGUUUAAUAAGGAAAAUAGUUGUAAGAAUGGGCCAAAACAGCGUCCUCAAACUAGCGAGUGUGACAAUUUAUGGCCCUACUGACAGAUGUUGUCACCAUAACAACUGAGAACAAUUGUCAUGUUCAUUGUCUGUUCUACUCUCAUUCUUUUUCUAUGGUUGAAACCCUAGAGUACUAAAAUGCAAACAGAUAUGGAACUGUUCUGCAUGUUUGGCAUAAUAUCUAAAGAAUACUACUUAAGAUACUGAAAUUGGCUAGGUGUCAGGAUGUGAUACGUAUUUUUAUGUUUAUACAUAUAUCAUGAACGUGGGCUUUUGAUAACCCCUAUUUAUUUACACAUUGACCACAUGAUAUAUUUUCUGUGACCAUUUAAAGUAGAAGCAGUAUAGUGAGUAUGCAGUAGAUGUUGUUGCAGUACAAAAGAGUUUGCUUGCUGCAUAAACCAGGAGGAUAGGUUAUGUUUAAACUGUAGAGGUUUUAAAAAAUUUUGAUGAUGUCCUAAAGCUGACACCGUAUGACAAUUUCAACUUGAAGACGCUGCUGAAGUAUGAAAUUGUCAAAAUUGCAGUUGUGAGUUUUUUUAUCCAAAGGGGAGAUAAUGUAUUAUUUUGCACAUUGUGGGAGACUUUUUAUGAGAUUGUCAGUGACAUUUCAAGACGAUGUCACGGUUGUAAAGAAUACCACUUGGUGAGGAAGUCAUUCUUCAUCAUUCUGUCUAGAAAGUGAGAUGACAAGGCAGCUUAAACAGAAACCUGUGCUCAUAGAUGUCGCAGCACGGUUUUAGGUGUUUAGCUGUCUGGACUAUUUGAGAGCAGCAUUCUCAAUUUUUGUCAUAGCAAAGCAGUGGUACAAACCAGUAAGGUUUCACUUUAUGUGACUUUCACUUUGGUACGACAUGUUCAUUGCUUGAUGUUCAACAAAUGCACAAGUUCUCAAAAUGUCCAUAAUUUCUAAGGAAACAGCACAUUUGGGGGUUUCAGUUUGAAUCUUUGUCUUAAAGAUUAUAGGUGUCAGCCUGGAAUUAAACUUUUCAUUAGGCCUGGGUGGUAUCAAGGUAAUCUAGGGUAUAAAUCUUAAUGGUAUGAGAUUUUCAGUACCUUCAAAAAUACAGACACUCCUCUUUCAAUUAAACUGAUAUGGAGACGCUGUAUUGUGGUGAUUAUUGUAGUGCACAGCACGUGCCACCAGAGGUUGGUCUCUACUGGUGGAACUGGCAGCUGAGCAGAGAAAGAUGGAGACUGUGAGUGGUGGGGAUAACAUUACAGGACUAGUAAGAAAGAAAGCUGCCUCUGCCCCUGUGUGGGAGUAUUGCCACAUAUAACUUUAUCUUCUUCCAGCUUUUCUAAGUGGGCUAACUGCAUAUCAGAGACACAGCAUUGUAGGCUAGACAAUGACAUAUAUGCUACAAUGACUUCCAUUACCAGCAGCUAAGCCUUUAAGUUUUUUCUGAGGAUUUUUUGUUUUGUUUACACAAAUACCAUCAUUUACCAUAUACCCAGGUGAAAUGUUAGGAAGAUACAAAGAUAGAUACCUACCAAGCCUACUUACCAUGCUUGUUUGGAAAUCUCAGGGAUAGAAAUAACUUCAUCACAUUUGACUGUCAGUGUUUACGUCAGACUUUCGAGCCUCUUCCACUGCCUGUACAUAUGAACUGCACUAAGUGGAACGUUGUUAGAUAUCGUCAUGAAAUUGCUGUUGUAAGAUCUCCUCUUAAAUUCAUAUCAGUGUGUGUUUAUGAACUUUUUUUUUUUCAUAUGAUAUCUAAUUGUCAAUAGGGUCCCCUUUCUGUGCAGUGGGGCACUUUAUUAAUAAAUGUAAAGUGAUGCUUAUUGUUUUGUGAUGAUCUGAGAAAACCUUUCUAGAGUUCAGUUUCUUAGGUGACAUUUUGAUGUUUGAUGUAUAAUGAUGACUGACUAAACUGUCUGCAGUCUAAGAAAUAAAUA